AAGAGAAGGAGAUGGCAGGGGAACAAAACAUAUAGAGCAUGGCCACCUGUGGCAGAGAUAGAAGUAUUGGCAAAGAAUCUAAGAAGCAUGUAGGGCAAGAUAUGCAAAAGAGAUACAGAGACAGAAGUAGGCACGAUCAUCGGCAAUCCGGUAAUAGGAAAGUGUGGAAAGAAAAAGGAAGGGGAGACAAUUGGGCAAGUAUGGAGUUCAACAUCAAACCAGAAGAGUAUGCUUGGCUCGAAGGCAGCUAUGUUGGAAUAGUGCAUUCAAUGGAGAUGGUACGCAACCUACAAGAAAAAUUCUAUAUGGAGGGGUAUUUUUCUUGUCAAAUCCGAGCAAUGGGAGGCAAAAUGGUUCUGUUAUCUGGGCAGGACAAGGAGGAAGUGAAGGACUUAGUUGAAAUGGCAUCGGAUUGGCUGAGGCGAUGGUUUGAAGAAGUGAGACCGUGGACACCACAGAUGAUAGCAAAAGAGAGAUUUGUGUGGAUAAGGUGUCAAGGAGCACCACUGAAUGUAUGGGGAAGUGAAUUCUUUUCAACCAUGGGUAGAUCAUGGGGAAAAUUUAUUUGCUUGGAUGACAGUACAAGCAAGAAGGAAAGGUUUGACAUUGCUAGAUUUUUUAUUUCUUCUCCAGUAAUGGAGACAAUCAAUGUUACAAGGGAAAUCAAAAUCAAUGGAAGUAUAUACAAGCUGAAAUUUACAGAGGAGGAAUACACUAAUUGUUUCUUCUCUUUGAAACAAGAUUUUAGGCCCUCCUUUAGUAGCGACUUUGAAGAUUAUGAAACAUGGUCUACCGGAACCGAAUCGAAGAUGCAGGACGAGGAAGAUGAAAGGAGGAAAGAGAAGGUUCCAUCCGGGUGUUCAAUCGAAGAAGAUGAUGACGGAGAAAGCCCAAUGGCAAUGGAGUCCACAAAUGUGGAAGUGGCCCAAAAAGAAACUCUAUUAGAGACCCCAAUUACAGUCCAAAACAGAGACAUGUAUGGAAUCGGAAAAUCUGCAGAAGAGAAGGGCAAUGAAGAAGAAGAUGCAUUCUGGAAGGAUCAUGAAUCAAAGAAAAGCCGAAUAAAAGAAUGGAUCGACAAACAGCUGGAGGAGAUCAACUCAAAAAAUGGUAGAAGGAAGGUCAGAAGGUGUAGCUCGGUGUAUAUCCAACCCAGAAAUAGUGAGGCACCGGUGGAAAAAAAAAGAGGAAGAAAGAAGAAGAUCGCGCAGCAGGUGGAAGAGAGACCAGAACCAAUCUUCAUGCCAAAUCAGGAGGGGAAGGUUGCUGGAGAUUCAAUAGGGGAUAGUGAGAUAAAUAAUUGCAAUAGGGCAUUGAAGAAACAAUGGCAAUCCCAACUUACAAAAGAGAUAUGGGACUUGGCGACGCAGCUAGGGGCGGUGGCGGAGAAUGACAAUGAGGUGAUUCAACGAAUUGAGGAGAUGGAGGACAGAGAUCGAAGUACAAAAAGGAGUAUGGUAAACCGAGAGGUUGAAGCUGGUGGGAAGGUCGACUGGGGUCCAAAGCCGUUCAGAUUUUUUAAUGCUUGGUUGGAUCAAUCGAGAUGUAAGGAGGUGAUUACGAGUGCAUGGUGUGACAACGAGGUGGACGGCUGGAAUGGAUUUAAAAUUAAAGAAAAGAUGAAAAGAACAAAGAAGGCACUAAAGGAGUGGAGUGGCAAAACCAACAGGGAGAUGGAUGAAAGAAUAAGGAAUGCAGAGCUAGUGAUCGCUUCAAUUGAUGAGAAAGGAGAGCAGCACCAGUUGUCAGAAAAUGACAUUGAAUUGAGGAGGAAUAGUUUUAUUGAAUUGUGGAAGAAUUUAAAAAUCAAGGAGAGGAUGAGUCAACAAAAAUCAAGAAAACAGUGGCUGAAGGAAGGUGACGCGAACACAAAAUUCUUCCACAGAAGCAUCAAGGGAAGAUGGAGCAAGAAUGAGAUCAAUAGUGUCCGGAUAAAUGGGGAGCAGUAUAUAGGAGUGGAGGUGCUGCCCAAGGUGAUUGGGGAACAGCAGAUGGCUUUUAUUGAAGGAAGGCAUUUAGUGGAAGGAGCAGUGAUUGCAAAUGAGAUUAUUGAUGAAGUUAAGAGGAAAAAGAAGAAGGGAUUUCUAUUUAAAGUCGACUUUGAGAAAGCCUACGACAAGGUAUGCUGGGAAUUCAUAGAAUAUAUAAUGAUGAGGAUGGGAUUCUGUGCAACAUGGAGGAAAUGGAUCCAGGAGUGCUUGAAAUCGAGCUUGGUGUCUAUUCUUGUCAAUGGCAGUCCGAAAAACCAAUUCUCAGUUAAUAAAGGAAUUCGCCAAGGAGAUCCAUUAUCCCCGUUCUUAUUCUUGAUAGUGGCAGAGGGAUUGAAUGGAAUAGUGGCAUCGGCUGUGGAGAAGGGGAGGUACAAAGGAGUGGUAAUUGGGAGCAAAGAUGUGAUGGUCACGCACCUUCAAUUCGCGGAUGACACAAUCUUCUUUGGAGAUGCAACGGAAGACAACAUUUGGGUGAUCAAAUGUAUUAUGAGGACAUUUGAGUUAGCCUCAGGAUUGAAGAUUAAUUUCAAGAACAGCCAGUUGAUUGGUGUGGGAGUUGAUCAAAAUUGGUGUGCUAAAAUGGCAUUUCAGUUGUGCUGCAAGGAAGGGAAAUUGCCAUUUAGGAGUGAGGGACUUGAGGAAAUUCAAUUUGGCAUUGAUGGGAAAAUGGCGGGGAAGGCUUGCAGAAAAUGGGGAAGGCAUGGGGAAGGCAUGUGGAAAAAAAUUAUUGUUGCAAAAUAUGGAAAGGGAGGGGGGCAUUGGCAGGAUUGGAUAGAUGAAAGUAGAGGAGUAGGAUCAACUUGGUGGAGGGAUGUGUGUGGUAUAAAUGCAAUGGAUGGGGAAAGCAAUGGAUGGCUAAAAGAGGGAUUUAGGGUUAAGAUCGGGGAGGAGAAGACGAAGACGUGCAGUGAAAUGGGAAGUAGAACUAACGGUUUGUGGGAGUGGAACUUAACAUGGAGAAGGAAUUUGUUCGAGUGGGAAAAAGAGGAGGCAAUGGAAUUACACAACACGAUUCAAAAUGUGCAACCGUCACAAGGAUACAUGGAUAGCUGGGAGUGGACUCACAACAAGGAUGGCCAAUAUUCAACAAAAUCAGCAUACUCAAUUUUAAUGAAAGAGGGGAGGGAAGCAAUGGAAAUUACAACCUUCUCUAGAAUUUGGAAUUCCGUUCUACCAAGCAAAAUUUCAGCAUUCAACUGGCAAUUACUACUUGACAGGAUUCCAACUAAAAUGAACCUGUUGACAAAAGGGAUCAUCAAAGACACUCAAGACUGCAAAUGCGGAAUUUGUGGUGAGGUAGAAGAGGACACAAAGCAUCUGUUUCUGGAAUGUAGUAUGGGCCGAUGGAUAUGGAUGGCUUGUGCAAAAUGGUGGGGUAUUAAUGUUACUCUGGGAGCGGACUGCUGGAAUACCUUUCAAGUGGUUGGAAGAGAACUAAAAGAGAAAUGUAUUAGAGAAGGAUGGGAUUGCAUUUGGAACUCUCUUGUGUGGACAGUGUGGCUGGCUCGAAAUCAAAAAACAUUCCAAGGCAAAGAGAUUAACCGGGAGAAGCUGCUGGAACUCAUCCAAUUAAAGUCGUUUCAUUAGAUCACAGCAAAAAAAGAAAGGUACGCCUUCACUUUAACGGAUUGGUUUCUUAAUCCAGUGGCAUGCUUGAAAGAUGGCCUUAGGAAAAGAAGGGUACCAUAUAAAUAAUCUGUGGGAGGGGAGGGUAUUGGUGAUAGUUGGAAGGUCUAUCUUCGUUUUGUUUCGAAGGAUUAAGGUGCUGUGUAAUGGGGGCUCAUGUAGGCUUAUUGAGCAAUCAUUGACUGUAGUGGAUUUCAGCUAUAGUCAAUGCAUGAUCAAUGGCUUGUGGGUCAGUGGGUGUGUCGGGUGUGGUUUGUGGACCUAAACAGGGAGAAUUGUUGAGAAUGCAAAUGAUAGCAGAAUCCCCGUCACGGCGUAGUGUCGACACUUCUUUUGGGUAUCGACACCUUGCGUUAACUUUUGAUGUACAUGGGUUUGGAGUACCCCUUGUAUUCCGCUUAUUAAUUAAUAAUGGUAUGUUUGCUGU